AUGCAAACAACUUUCCUUCGCAUCGCUGCCAGCUUGGCAGUCAUACUCGCCGUACUUUCCGAUGCCGUCAUAGCACUCCCCGUCACGCCCCGGGGCGUCACGGUCGUACCACGCGGCUCGGACGGUGUAACCAGGCGCAUGCCGCUCGAAGUAGAGCGUGGACUCAUGGGUGUGCACCCGUAUUCUGAGACGAAGGGCGAGGACGAACACGGUGAUGACCCGAUCCUAGCCCAGGAGCACGCAUUCGAUGACCUGGCGAGCAGUCUGGACGGAUCGCCCGGUGUCACGGUUGUCCCUGUUGAGCGCCGUUUGUUCGACGAGGUCAGCAACGCGAGGUCUGAAGGCCUCUACACAGGGGAGCCCGGGCAGUAUACCUGGAGGCGCUUGCUGCCCCACGUGUAUUCCUCCAAAGAAGAUGAGCGACGUGGUGUUACGGAGGUUCCGCCGGGCGGACAGCUCUCUGUCCUGUAA